AUGAACAAUCGCACCGACGCCGCUGCUACGGGCACGGGUACGGGCGCUGCAGCCCCCACAUACUCAGGUGGGGCAGCUCCACCCAUCUCCUCUUCCUCGCAGCAAGAAAAAUCCCUCCCCUCCACUCCCAGCAGUCCAAGCGCCCAAUCUCAACCCCAAGUCGAUUACGUCCUCGUCUUCGAAUCCGUCCCCGCCCGCUUCAAGAAGGCGGGGAAGGUCCCCUCCUCGGAGAAGGCUGCUAUUGCGCGGGAGUUCCAGCUUCUGGUGGAGAGGAUCCAGGAUGUUGGGUUGCAGGUUACGAGCAGGGAGGGGAAGGUGGGGAGUGGGCAGGUGCUCCUCUUUGUGAGGGGAAGCGAUGAGACGCUUGUCAAAGUGGGACGCGAAGAGGGGCUCAUCGACUACCUUCACGGGGUGCGCACCACGGCGGGAGAGCCCGCUUCUUCCUCGCUGUCUCGCUCCUCCUCCCUCCCAAAGGGUGCAACGCACAACCUCGCCCUCUCCCAAUUCUCCCCCUCGGACCGUCUCCGUCAUAUGCACACGCUUCUCACCCUCCCCUCCACUCCAGCCACUUCAGAUGGCAUCACGCGCCGAGGUGCAGGGUUACGCCUGCAAUCGGAGGAGUUCCCACAUUUGAUCGACAUGACCCCGCUGCACGACCAGGAGUACAACAAGCAGUGGCUCAAGCGCUGGGGCUCGAGCAAGUCAUUCUUGGCGAUCAGCACGCAAGAUCUCGAUGGGAUACGCGCCCAUUUUGGCGAAGGGCUAGCAUUCUACUUUGCGUUCCUCCUCUACUACUUUCAGGCCCUCGCUCCCCUCGCCGCAAUCGGCGGCUGCUUCUACCUCGCCGGCGCGCCGUACCACCCCUUGUACUCUUUGGCCCUCGUUGGGUGGGCGUGCAUGUUCGUCGAGUCGUGGCGGAUCAAAGAGCGCAAGCUUGCUGUGCGCUGGGGUUGCCUGGGAUGUGGGGAUGUGGAAAGUCGCAGAGUGGGGUUUAAGGCCAAGAGGAGAGAGAUGGACAAGGUGACGGGAGAGGAGAAGGAGGUGUUCGAAUGGUGGAGACGUGAGUUGCGCGUCGCAUGCUCCGUGCCCGCCGUGGCCUUUUUCGCUAGUCUGCUCGCUGCUGUCCUGACCACCAUGUUCGUCACUGAGGUCUUCAUCACUCGCCUCUACGCUGGCCCGGGCAAAUCCCUCGUCCCCUUCAUCCCCACUGCUCUCUUCUCCGUCUUCAUCCCUCAAAUCCUCGCCGCAUGGCAAGCCACCGCCCGCUCCCUCACAUCCUGGGAAAAUCACUUCAGCAACCGCGACUUCAACUGGUACAUGACCGUCAAGAUGUUUGCCCUCCAAGCAUUCGUCGCCUACGGUGCGCUCACGUUGAGCGCAUUUGUGUAUAUCCCUUUUGGCCAGGAGUUGAUGGACGAGAUUGUGCGCCGCGGUUACUUUGCGAGGAGCAUUGCGGACGCGACGGCCGAUGGGAGGUUGGCGUUGCGUGAUGAUGGGGGGAUUCAAUUCGAGAUCAACCCGGAUAGGAUGCACGCGCAAUUGUUCGCUGUUCUCACGACCAGCCAGGCCAUCAAUGCCUUCACGGAGCUCGCUCUACCCUUCUUGCUGCGCAAGAUCAACGAGUGGCGAAGCGGAGGCAAGGAGGAGGGCGCAAGUGACAAGUCGCCUUCCUCGCCCGGUACACCAUCCACGUCCAGCGCUGAGCGCUCCUUCCUCAAAAGGGUGUAUCACGAGCUGGACCUGCCCGCUUAUGACACAUUUGGCGACUAUGCCGAGAUGGCUACGCAGUUUGGGUACAUCACCCUGUGGUCCGUCAUCUGGCCUCUCGCCCCUCUCGGCGGACUGAUCAACAACUUCUUCGAAAUGCGAGGAGACGCACUUAAAAUCUGCGUCCACGUACGCCGUCCCGUGCCCCUGCGCACAGACUCUGUUGGUCCCUGGCUCGAGAUCUUGGGCUUUAUUGCCUGGCUAGGUGCGAUGAGCAACUCGAGCCUCGUCUACCUCUUCCAACGUAGCCCGCAAGCACACUUGCCCGGCCAAUCGGCAUACGAGGCCACUAUGCGCUCUCACCUUCAUCCCGGCGGGGGAGUGGACGGCGUUAACGCCACUGAGGCGGCUAAACAGCUCUUCUACUCGACAGACCCGGCGCACUCUGCUCGCUCACCUUUGUCGUUCUCCAACUUGCUGCCCUCCUUCCUCCCCACCUCGGGAGCAGCAGGAGCCAUGAUCGCCGCCCUAUUGGUAGCCCUGGCCUCGGAGCACGGCUACGGGAUAGUGCGAGCUUCGGUACGGCACGUGCUAGAACGGGUCCUCUGGAGGGGCAGUGAGGAGGACGUGGCGCUCAAGCGGCGCGAAUGGGAGGUGAAGCGCGAAGCCGUCGGGAGGGCCAAGGCUGGGUUGGAGGGGGCUGGGGUUCAGAGUGAAAAGGUGGGCAAGAGGGGAGCAGAAGCGACGAUAAGUGAGGAGGACUUUUGGCACCCGUCGAGAGAUGUAGGGGUUGGGGCUGUUCAGGGUGCGGGGAAGAUGGAGUGA